AUCUGGCCCAGCCUUUCUCUCUCUAUAUACCUCCGUAGGUGUCCAAGCUGCGCUCCCCUGUACCCUUAAUGAGACACCACAAGGACUGCUGACUGUGCAGUGGCACCACAACGCAGGGUCACUGGACCAGAACUCACAGGUUCUGACCAUCAGCCCAGUCAGUUCAGAGGAUGCUGGGAUGUACAGAUGCGAUAUUACCUAUAAAGGUCAUGUGAUGACAAGGCGCAUACAGUUAAAGGUCAUUCAAGUGUAUUCCUCAGGCUCAGCUUUUAUGAGAGAGGGUUCUGCUCUGCAGUUGCUGUGCAAUGUCAGCGGAUCCGAUGGCGGGGAAAAGUAUGUAUGGACCGGACCCAACCCCGCAAGUGGCCGAAGAAACCAGCAGGACGGAGCGGUGUUAGACUUGCCUGCGGUGCAAACAGGAGACACGGGAGUGUGGAACUGCUCUGUGUAUGGGAAGCAAGGGCUUGUGGGGCAGCUGCAGUAUAUGCUCUAUGUGCAUGCUGCUCAGGUCUCAGCCUUUGCCGCCUUCUCAUCAUGGCCAACAUAUGUCACUUUCCUACUCAUCAUUCUGCUGGUGUUGGGACUCAUAAGUGCAAUCUCUUGGCAUAACCGCAGGAGGCGGCUGUUGCACCUACUUGCAAGGACCACCAUAGAUGUGUCUUCGCUUAAAAAGGUGGAAGUCUGAUUGAGCCACAAAAACCCUUUGCUUCUGGCUGAACAAGUCUAUUAUCCCCAAGGAAAAGAACCCUAUUUGUCAGAAGGACUUACCUGUUAGGGGCCACUAUGCACAAUAAUGGAUCAGGACUAGAGCAGGAACUUGAUGGUGCUUAUACCUUGUCCCGUGGAUCCGGCACUGCUUCGGGCAGCUGUUGGCCAUUCUGUAAAAUUUUGUAAAAUAAAAUAUAUGUUUAUUUAACGCUGA